AUGAAAGAACUUCAAGAAGAAUUCGAAAAUAAUGGAGAGAAAUAAAGAUAAAAAUUUUUAAAGCAUUUCUAUGAGAUACUUGAUGUAUUGAUGUAAAUAUAUUUUAUAGAAUCCUAAAAAUGAUUAGAUCAUAAGAUGGCAUGAACAUGGGUUUUGUUAUAUGGAAUGUAGAUGA